GGCGAUGGUGGGUGUGUGGAUUGGGGAGGGAGGGAUGGAGGAGGGAGAUGGGCAGAGCUGCGUGCAGCAGGCCCGGCAUGUAAUUUACACAGCCUCCAACUUUUAGCGGAGAAUGCGCGGCGCCGUGUAAGAAGACUUAACGCGGCUCAAGCUAUGGAACCCAACCCAAUCGAGUGGGUGGGGGCCCCGUGUGGAUCGCACGGACCUUACACCUUCUACAAAGCAUUCACGUUCCGACCCUGCUGCGGCGGGGGGGCCGUGCCCACUGCCGUGAGCCCCCUAGAGGCGGGGCCCGCCUCGGUGCCAGCCUGGCCCACCGCGGGGCCCGGCGCGGAGGGGCCCCGCGUGAGCAGCAGGAGGAGGAGGUGCGCCGACGACGAGGGUCGCCCGGGGGCCCCCCGCGUGCUGGCGCUGGGGGAGUUCUUCGCGCUGCGCUGGGCACCCGGCGAGCCGGCUUGCCUGGCCGAGCUGCAGCUGCUGUGGGAGGACAGCGGUCGUGGAGAGAUGCUCUCCAGCUCGCGUCUCUACUUCCAGCCAGAGGACACUGCCGGUGGACGAGCGGCCGAACAUGGACAAGACGAGCUGCUCGCCGUCUCCGAGAAGGUGGUGCUGCGCCUGCGGGACCUCGUGCGUUGGGCCUCGGGCGUCGAGCUGCCCCCCUGGGCCGGGGGCCCCUCGCCGGGCACCCGCGACGCCCCCUCCCCGCGCGGGGCCCACCGUCAGGGCCUCGCGUCGACGCGCGGGACGGCCGCGGUCUGCGGCCUCGACUUCGGCGACGUGGAGAAGGAGCGCGCGCAGCUCGGUGACUGCUACUGCCCGGCCGCCCUCAUCCUGGGCUUCCCGCAGUACUGCCGCUACCGCGCGCUGCUCAAGCGCCUGCACGAGCCCGGCAAGGCGCUAUCGGACCCCACCGCGCUGGCGCUGUGGGGGCUUGGGGUGCUGGGCCCCCCGCCGGCCUCCUCCCCCCCCACGUCUCCGCUGCAGCCGCCGCAGUUCCCCGUGUUCAAGGCGGGCGCCUCGGUGCGAGUCUUCUUCUGCCGAGAGACAUUCGAGCACCCGGGCCUGGUGGAGGAUGUCGCCGUGUGCCUGGAUUUUGCUCCGAACCUGAAGGGCCGUCCCCGGAAGAGACGCGCGCGGUUCGGACGCUCGGAUUCGCGGUGUCGCCGAGACUCGAGGAGCUCCACCGAGGAGCAGGAAACCAAGGGCAAGGUGAAGUCGGAGCUCAAAAACCACACGUGCGCCGACGGGCCCACGAGGCCGCGCGCCGCCAGCAAGUCCGGCGGCGGCGGCUCGUCCACCAGGACGGGCGCUGGCGACGGCGCCUCAAAGCCCAAGGCCGGCGGAGCCUGCCCCCCGGCCGGGGGCGCCACCGUGGCCGUCCCCGCCGCCACCGCCGCCGCUCUGUCUCUGGCCGCCACGCCGACCGCGGGGGCCGCGUCUCCGGGGGAGGGAGCGACCAACUCGGCCGCUCGCGUCACCGCGGCGACGGCUGCGGCGGCGUCCGCCACAGUCGUCACCGCGGCGGUUGCGGCGACGGCGGCGGCGGCGGCGGCGGCGGCGGUGACCGGCGGCGCGCAGGGGAAGGGCGAGAAGACGGCAGAGGAGGAGAACUUCCUGCGGGAGCUGCACGGGUUCAUGCGGACGCGCAAAACCCCCAUCGGCCGCAUCCCCAACCUCGGCUUCAAGCAGGUCGACCUGUGGGUGAUGUUCAGAGCGGUGCAGGAGCUCGGCGGCUACGAAGCGGUGACGUCACAGCGGCUCUGGAAGCAGAUCUACGACACACUGGGUGGAAACCGCGGCAGCACGAGCGCCGCCACGUGCACCCGGCGCCACUACGAGAGGCUCAUCCUUCCGUACGAGCGGCACGUGAAGGGCGAGGAGGACAAGCCGCUCCCUCCGCCGGUGAAGCCGCGGAAGCGGAGCGACGCCUCCUCCUCCUCCGGCGACAAGAAGAAGCAGCAGCAGAGCGAAGAGGAGGAGGAGGAGGAGGCGACGAUGACGGCGGAGGAGAAGGAAGAGCGCUUCCGGCGAUUGGAGUCCGACGCGGGUAACGCGGUCGCCGCGCCGGCGGGGGCGGCCGUCCGACGAGAGUCAGCCGACGGUGCCGUCAAGAGGCCGAGCGCGAUGGUGCUCAAGGACAAGGAGGUGAAGCGAGAGAGCGUGGAGCUCGCCACGCGGGCCCUCCACCCCGACUCGAAGGAGGACGGCCCGUCCGCCGUGCCGCUCGUCAGCGGCCUCGUCAUCCCGGAGCUCAAGAAGGAGUCGGCGAGCAUCCUCAAGGACGACUGGCUGCAGAGCGUUCUCAAGCGGCAGGCGGGCGCCGGCGAGCAGCGGGGCCUGGCCGUGGGCCACGCCGUGCCGGGCCUCCUGCAGGCCCGCACGGUGCAGGGCCACCUCGGCCACUUUGUCAACAACAUCAUCAUGUCGCAGUUCUCCGACUUCGGCCCCGCGCGCUGCGCCACCGACGCUGGCUCGGCCGCCCGCGAGGGCCAACCGCAGGCGGCCGACGACGGGGGCCCCGAGCUGAGCUCGCUCGCCGCCGAAGGAGGCCCCGCAAAGAACGGGAUGACGGCCGCGACCGGACUGGCGGCACCGUCGCCGCAGCCGGUGGCCGGCGCGGGCGGCGGCGGUAAUGGCGGCGGGCCGGGCGCGAUGUCGCCGCUCGCCCGUAAGAAGCUGCUGGCGCAGGUGAGCGCGAUGAAGCCGGUGGGAGCGGCGCCGCCGCUGGCGUUGCGCGGCGGCGGCGGCGCCGCCGACGCUCCCGACGCGCACUCUCCGCCGUCGCCCCUGAACGUCGCGGCCUCCUCUGGCAAGAGGCCGACCGUGAUCCAGCACGUGCAUCUGGGCACCGGCGCGGGCAGGGAGGCGGACGAGAUGCCGGGUUUCGACCCGGCACUCUCCUCCAAGGAGGUGAGCCGCCUGACCGAGUUCUACGGGAAGCACUUCACGCUGCCGUACCUCGCCCACCCCUUCAAUGCGGCGGCGCUGUCGGCGGAGAGCGCGCGGCACGACGCCGACGCCAGGGACUCGCUGCGGCACUCGCCGCGGUGCCGGGGCGAGCAGGAGGCCAGUCGGCGCAGGCCGGAGCUGGACGACCGCCUUCCGAGCUCGCCGCCGGCACUGCUGCGGUCGCCGCCGCCGCCGCAGACGGCGCGGGGUCCAGUGGCCGGGGCGCCGGCGGAGCCGUGCAGCGAUGACGAGCAGCCGACCGACCUCAGCCUGCGCAAGCCGGUGACGCCGCAGAAGCUUGCGUCGGGCACGAAGCCGGAGGCGGCGGCGCGGCCCAAGCCGCCCCCACCGGUGCCGUCGCCGGCGAUGGACGCGUCGAAGGUCAAGGGUCACCCAGUGUCGCCGGCCGUGCCGGAGUUCCUGAAGGCGAUGCCAUUCGCGUCGUUCCCCCUGAUCUCGCACGCGUUCUUCGACCUCAACCGCCUGUGCGGCGGCAUCGCCUCCAAGCAACAGCAGCAGCAGCAGCAGCAGUCCCAGCCGGGCGUCGCCGCCGGCGCCGGCCCGGUGUUCCUGGACAAAACCGUGGCCGCGAGGCAGCAGCAGAACGCCGAGCAGCCUCCCUCCGCUGGCGCCACGAGCCCCCGCAAACGGACGGCGUCUGAUGGCGGUGGUGGUGGCGGCAGCGGCGACGCGCCGAGCAAAAAACUCAAGACGGAGGGGGAGGCGCUGAGCUCCGCCGUGGCGCCGCAGUUCUACCUGAGCCCGUUCAGCAUGGCUCUGCUGCCGCAGACGAAGGCCGCGGUCGGCGACGCGGGUGGCGGUGGCGGCGCCAGCACCGUGACCUUCUCCGGCACCCACGACGGGCGCCUGCAACCCGUGCCGAUCCCCGAGCAGCUUCUGAAGGCGCGAGCCGCGGGCAUCCCCAUCCUGCCGGGGCUGCCGCUCAACCCCUUCCUGGUGCCGGCCACUUUUCAGGGGCGGCCGCUGCUGCUGCCGGCACCCGUGCGGCCGCAGGUGGCGUACGGGCGCGUGGCCCCGUCGCCCUCGUCACCGUCGGCGGUGUCGUCGUCCUCGUCCUCUUCUUCCUCCUCCACGUCCUCGUCCACCUCCUCGUCCACCUCCUCAUCGCCUACGCUGUCGCCCGCGUCGGUGUCGUACGAGGAGAUUCUGCACCGCAGCCGACUGGCCUACGCCGCCAUGGUGCACUCUCCGCUCAUUUACCCCAACGGCAGGAUGUGAGGGAGCAGCGCGCCAGGCCUGGGCGGGCGGGCACGGGGGUGGGGGGGCGGGGGGCGGUUUGGGGGGGCCGCUGGCCCAUCCAAUAAACGAUGACCUCUUUGAUGAACCGGUUGGUUCCCCCGCGCUCGCUCGCUCGCUCGCCGGAUGUGCCGGCCCGGAGCGACGGUGGUCCCCAAACUUGCGAUCAUUUCACUCGUCCGUCGUACUGCACUGGCUCAUUUUUUUAAAGAAGAAAAAAGAAUGAAAUUACGGAAAGAAAAAAAUUACUUCAUGAAGUUCAUGGCUAAUGCUGGUAUGUGAAUUUUUCACGGGCUGCGCACUGAAGAUUUUUUUAUAGGUAAUUUGGCCGACUCUAACGCUCUCACGAGGAACUCGGUUACAGACCCAUCUAUUUUUCUAAACAAACCUCAGACUUUAGGCAAGGACCUCCAUCCGCAAGCUCAAGAUAACCGCUGUGUCCUUCGUAAGAAGUAUAAACUGCAAACCUCUCUCCCAUUGGAGGAAUAUUAACAGAGUAUUUUCCAUGCACGAUCAAAGAUAAUUCUGUGAAUACAGCAACUUCUUGUGCCAUCUUUUCUGCCCAGCAUGACAAGACAAAACCACAUGCACACACACACACGCACGAACACACGCACAAACACACGCACGAACACACGCGCACACUCUCUUGUUCUGCGUCAGAACGAGAGCGAUGCCAGUUUCACCAAUUCUUUUUUUUCCCCAUUCGUACCCGACGCAAAACGCCAUCGCAAUGUGAACCACCCCUCGAUGCGUAACUGGUAGUACUACUGACAAGCGGUGGAACCGAUACGUUUUUGCUGACGAGUUAAGGAAAACAUUCCGCGGCGGGAUGAUGUUUUAGUUUCAUCGCGUGGGGAGCUCUUUGGCGGAUUUGCGUGCAAGGUGCGCGUUCUCUGCGAUCGAGCCGAGCGUUGCCUUAAAACGAGAGCGGGUGGCAGCUACGAUAGAAAACCUACAGCAGGGAGGCACGCGUGUGUGUGCGCGCCUGGGUCUUGCUGUUACGCUGGUCGGAGGAGAUUUCAAAAAUGUCCUUCCAUGAAAAUAAUAAUGAGCUGUACAUUUGGCAGGCUUUCUUCUUAACACUGGCUUCAAACGGGGGGAAAAAAACGGACGUAUUUUUUAUAACUAUUUCUCUAUGUAGAAAAACAAAUGUAUUUACAAAUUUGCAAAUGUUAACUGACGACGCAAAUAUCUAUAUGUAUGUGUGUAUAUAUAUAUAAAACGAUUACUGCGUUACUGUACUUGUAAAAGAAACCACACAUUUGUUUUCAUCACGGCGCAGCGAUGGCACGUUCGCCACUUGCCGCAGAGGUUCGCGGUUCGAAUUACGGUGGCCGUACUGGUAAAUACUGCGGUGUAUAUUGACCGGAGUAACAAUACUGUACUACGUGCGACGUCUUCUUCACUCACAGCUGGCGUUAAAAAUGCCGACCUGGACGUCAUUCGCAAGAGUAGGCAAUUGUGUGCCGAAGUCUGGGUCCAAAUUUGACCAAAUGCGCAAAUUACGCCGCAGUCACUCAAUUGGAAUGAUACAUAGCAGUAAUCAUCGCCCCCUACUCACCAGACUAAUGCCCCAGUCGUUCUUGCAAAUGAAACCACUAUCCUGGUCUCCGGAGUUCUCACCUGGUACCUGGGUAAACAAAAUGAACUUAACGCGAUCCGUCGACGGCGGUGGCAGCCCGUGGCGAAUGACCUUGGCUGACCAAUCACACGACUGUGGGAGUAAAUCACGUGAUGCACUGCCAGUUACCUCCCCAUCCUUUUUUUUUGUCGUCUAGAAAUUCCUUUACUCUUUAAUUAGCUUCAGGCGCGUGUGCGCGCGGAGUCGGUCGGUCCGUUUUCUCUUUGCGUUUCGUUUGCGUUUACUGUAAUUUUAACAAAUUUACUAAACAUAUAAUACUUUAGCCGUUAAUGGCGCGGUGCUGUUUGCCUGACAUCCCAUUUAUAAACCCCCACUUGUCCGCCUGGGUGGGUUCAGGCCGAAUGCCGAUUUGGUGCUUCUUUUGGUGAGAUUUCGUCGGCUUUCUUGAUUUUCACAGAGUGGGGGGGAGCUCGUGGCGGGGGGACGGACGUCAACUUGGCUCCGUCGCUCUGUGGAGCCUCCCCUCCCGGCCCUCUCCCGCGUGGUGUGGAACGACGUGAGAUCAUCCCAGGAGGGUUCUCCCGAUGGGGGUUUUUUUGUUGUUGCGACGUUUCCAUUGCCGUGCCAACUCUCGCAAACCAUGUUCCCGUAGUUUCUCUCUUUUUUUUCCCAUCGCUCACCUCAUUGGGGAAAAAAGUAUGUUAAAGAUAUAUAUACGUGUGUGUGUGUUUUAUCGGUUCUUUUGAUGCGUCCAUACUCUCAGACUGAUGAGAUGUAAUUAUUGUUUGUUUUUUAUUAUUUAAGGUUUUUUUUUUCGUCUUACAAAUACAAACUCUACACACUUUAUUAUCAUGUUAUCUGCACGCAAAGUAGCGCACGUAUUUUACAGUACGGACAUUGUAAUGUAUUUCCACUUAUUUCUACGUGUGUGUGUGUGCGCGUGUACGCUGUGUACAUUUGCUUUCAAAAACAAGUUUUGCUGUUUUAAUCGUUUUAGACGUUACAAGUUAUUAUUGAACUGUAUCCCUCAAACUGGCAGUUUAACACGUAUUCACCAACAUCUUACAUGAGUUUGCCAGAUGAUGUUAUUGGUCAAUUAUGUUCUGGUUGUUAUCGACGACGAUGAUGACGGUGAUGAAAACUGUGCCUAACAACUGCAGUUCACUUUUUAUUUUUAAACCUGUGUCGGCUUCUAAUUAAACAAAAAAAUAUUCUUGAAACUGA